AUGGCAUCCCCAGCACCCUCAUAUACCGCGGACCAGUUAGAGGUCUACCUGCAGCGCAUUGGGUAUGCCGAGUCCGCCAGCGCGGCGGGAAGCACUCGACUGCAACUCCUCCAACAAUGUAUUCAGAAGGAUCCUCUUGCUGCACUGACGGAGAUCCAGCAGCGACACCUGGGCGCCAUCCCCUGGGGUAAUUCUUCGCUGCAUUACUCCCAACACCACACAGUCUCCAUCCACCCGUCCUGCAUCUUUGAGAAACUAGUCGUGCGCAAAAUGGAUGGCUAUUGCAUGGAGAAUACCAAUUUGCUCUUCACCGUUCUGCGGACUCUCGGAUACCGUGUCUAUCCCACGGGAGGUCGAGUGAGUCGUGCUGCGGCCACUGGAAACAGAGAUGCGGUGGGGUACCUGUCGAUUGGACACAUGAUCCUCAUAGUGGCUAUUGACGGCCGGAAAUACGCGAUUGACGUUGGCUUUGGAAACAACGGGCCUACCAGUCCACUUCCGCUGGAAGAGGAUACGGUUGCAAUUGGUAUUGCGCCAGGGGAAAUGCGCCUCAUCAAAGACAGUAUUCCGGACUUUGUCGACCAAACGCAGAGAGUCUGGAUCUACCAGAUCAGGUACAAUCCAGAGAGCGAAUGGAUGCCGGUAUAUUCCUUUUCGGAGAAUGAAUAUCUACCGCAGGAUUUUGCGGUAAUGAAUUUUGCCACAAGCAACAAGCCCACCAGCUGGUUCACGCAGGCCUUUGUGUGUACCAGGGUAAUCCUGGAAGAGGAUGGGUUCCAGCCCAAGGGAAUAUAUGUGAUGAUUGGCAAAGAAGUGAAGAGACGACUAGGCAGUGAAACAGAGAUUCUGGUCACGAUAGAAACCGAAGACGAUCGGAGACAAGCUCUGGCCAAGUAUUUCAACAUGCACUUCCAAGACUAUGAGGUGGAAGGAAUUCAGGGUAUGGUAUCUCAGAUCAGAUAG